UCUACUGUUGAGCAGUGGUAUACUACAGCUAUCGUUAGUAGCCAUUACUUGAAACUAAAGCAGCAAUCAACAAACCCAACAGCCCCUCCUCAGAAAACAAAAUAAACAUAUAAAGAAAAUGACCGACCCAACAACUACAAUCGACGUCGACCUCGACAUCCAAGAAAUCCUCCUCGCAGCCUCCCAACACGACAUCCCCAAACUCCGCCGUCUAAUCCGCCUCACAGCCGGCGUCGCCAACCCCGCCAACGUCAAGGAUCCAGAAACGGGAUUCUCCCCGCUCCACGCUGCCAUUUCCGCCUGUGAGCCUGACGAGGAAGACGAUGCCGUGAACGGCGCCGCCGAACAAGCGGAGAAAGAGAAGAAAAGCGCGGCCGAGUCCGGGGCAGAGACGGUCAAGUUCCUUUUGCAGGAGGGCGCGAUCUGGAAUGAUCUUGAUCUGAAUGGCGAGACGCCUGGGUGUGUGGCGAGGAGGUUGGGGCUGACUGAGAUGUAUGAGAUGGUGGUUGAUGCGGGGGUUAGGGCGGAGUUGCUUUUGAAUCGGUUGGAUGGGUACGAGGAGAUUGAGGAGGAGGUUGAUGGUGAUGGUGACGAGCAAGAAGAGGGUGCUGCGGACACGGAGUCGGCUGCGCCGGUGCCAACACAGGACGAAGAAGCGCUGCAGUUGGUGGAGGCCGGGGAGGCCGCAGAGGCAGACGCAGACGUGACGCAGGCGCGCUACCUCGACUCGAACCUCACCUUCCAGAACGACCGACUGAUCGACGCCGACCGCAACGGGGUAAUGAUGGCGUGGGAAAGCGACAUCAUGAAAAAGAGCGCCGCGAAGCUGCUCCCUACGCCCGGUCUGCGGGUGCUCAACGUCGGACACGGGAUGGGCAUCGUGGACCAGUUCCUGCAGGACCGUCAGCCCGCAGAGCACCACAUCAUCGAGGCGCACGCGGACGUGGUCGCCGAGAUGAAGCGGCGUGGGUGGGCCGAGAAGCCCGGGGUGCGCAUCCACGAGGGCCGGUGGCAGGAUGUAUUGCCGGCGUUGGUGGCGGACGGGGAGAUGUUCGACGCGGUGUACUACGAUACGUUUGCGGAGUCCUAUGGGGAUUUCCGGGAGUUCUUUACGGAGCAGGUGAUUGGGUUGCUGGAGCAGGAGGGACGGUGGAGUUUCUUCAAUGGGAUGGGGGCGGAUCGGCAGAUUAGUUACGAUGUUUAUCAGAAGGUGGUGGAGAUGGAUCUGUUUGAGGCGGGCUUUGAUGUCGAGUGGGAAGAGAUUGAGGUGCCGAAGCUGGAGGGUGAGUGGAGUGGUGUGCGCAGGGCGUAUUGGAUGGUGGAUCAUUAUCGCUUGCCGUUGUGUAAGUAUAUGGAUUAGUUCAUUCUGGGGGGAUUGGAUGUUAUAGAUGGUUAUGAUAUUCCAUGUCUUGACAAUGGACGGAAUUGGACUUGAUUCUACACAUACAGGGUCACCCGGUCGUUGGUACACACAUGUCUACCAAACAUGCUACACGCCAGGAAAACGAUAUAAUGCUGCCACUGGGCUUGUUCUAUGUUAGACCGGCCUCCCUCCAUCAC